CUGAGCACUGAACAGCUCUCACACUCCAGUUUGGAGCUCUGUUGGCUCCAAUCUGUUGGCUCCAAUCUGUUGCCAGGAUGAAUGAAAAUCUUUUCCUUGCACGACUCAGUAGCUAAUAACUGACUGUUAACUCGCAGGAAAAAAGAUAUUGACACUUGGUUUCAUCAGCAGGCUGUAGGCGUAGUCCCUAUCUGGGCACGAGGUGUGAGCAUUUUGGGGUUGGAUGCAAGUAAUUUAAUAAAUAAAUAAACAAACAAGAGAAGUGAUGAGGAGCCCAUGACGUCUGGGAUGAAUGGGGAUGGAGAUAAAAGCUCAAGCCUCAGUUUGGGAGUGAUGUAGGUGUUGAGGGGAGAAGAAUGUGGUGCAUUCAGUGUGUGAGUUUGGGUGGAUGACGACACUUGCCUCCCUCCAGCAUUGUGGGUUGAAAAGGGAGUCAAUUAAGUGAUGUUACAUGUAAAAAAAAAAAAAAAAAAAAAAUGUGUCAAUGGUGUGGUGUCGCCUGUGGAUGGGACUGUAGUUUUUUUUCUUCCACUGAUGCAGCAAAGAGAUUGUAUCUGUGCCCUGGACGACAUGAUGACACCAACACACUUCACAAGGUGGAUAAAACCCUCCCCGAGCUGCACAGCGGGGGAUGACACAUGCACUGUAUGAAGUUGGCGGCUGGUGCUCUGCUGUGAGUCAAAGUGGCCCUGCAGCAGAGGAACACAGUCCUUUUUUGUACCCCCCAGAGUGGACCAGGAUCUCUAAAAGCCUGCGGGGGUGAGAUAUAGUGUAGAUAUAUUCUUUCAUGCGGAUGAGUGCCUGAGAAAAAAAAAAAGAACCUUACUUUACACACUUCUAUCCUGACCUUAAGUAUGAGAAAUAGGACUGAAUUAUAAAUGAGUUAUGCUCCAGCCAAGGGAUUCAGCUACUGUCUCUUGUCUGACUUCAGCAGGCAUUAAUUGAGUAUGGCAUGCCUAAGGGCUUGUUCGUGAUGGUGCUCUGUGUGGACAAGAAGCUGUGGCAUGACAGAGGGCAACGUGGGUAAAAGAGACAUGCAACACCCAGCCCUGAUCCACUGCCACCUCUUCCUGGGCGGGGCCUUGCUGCUUCUCCUGGCCAGCCCGGCUCUGAGCUGCCCCGCCCGAUGCGAGUGCUCUGCCCAAAGCAAGUCGGUUAGCUGCCACCGCAAGCGCCUGCCCACCAUCCCGGAAGGCAUCCCCAUUGAGACGCGUGUCCUGGACCUCAGUAAAAACAAGCUACGCAUCAUCACACCAGACAACUUCUCUUCAUUCCAGCAGCUGGAAGACCUGGACCUCAGCGACAACCUCAUCAGUGUGGUCGAACCCAGCUCGUUUCGGUCCCAGCUUGCUCUCCGCUCGCUCAACUUUCGCAGCAACUUGCUUCAGCUAGUUCCUGCUGGCGUGCUGUCAGGCCUGACCAACCUCACUCGCCUAGAUCUCAGCCACAACCGACUGGUGGUUCUCUUGGAUCAUGCCUUCCAAGAUCUGCGGAAGUUGAUGUACCUGGAAGUGGGUGACAACGAGCUGGUUUUCAUCUCUCAGCGGGCCUUUACAGGAUUGCUUGGACUCCAAAGUCUGACCCUGGAGCGUUCUAAUCUGACCGUGGUCCCUACUGAUGCUCUGGCACAUCUGCACAGCCUGGUUGAGCUGCGCAUGCGCUAUUUGAGCAUUAGUUUUCUAAAGCCUUUCUCCUUUAAGAGGUUAUCACGUCUCCGCCGACUAGAGAUUGAUUACUGGCCCUGGCUGGACACAUUGCCUCCCCUCUCACUGCAUGGCCUCAACCUCACAACGUUGUUCAUAACCAACACUAACCUGUCUGCCUUCCCUGGCGCAGCCCUGCGCAACGUGCCCUACCUCACACAUCUCAACUUGUCCUACUGCCGCAUCCAGCACAUCCAUCAGGGAGAGCUGGGUCAACUCCCUCACCUGCUGGAGCUCCACCUCCAAGGGGCUCAGCUGAUUUCUAUUGAGCCUUUUGCAUUUGUGGGCCUCAAAUCUUUGCAACUACUGGAUGUGUCACAGAACCGCCUGGACUCUCUGGAGAGGGGAGUGUUUGCCUCGCCAGACAGCCUCCAGAGGCUCUGUCUGGGUGGAAACCCAUUAGUGUGCGACUGCAGAUUGCUUUGGCUGCUCAAUAGCCACAAGCCACCCUCUCUGCAGAUUCUGGAUGUGCAGCCAGAGUGCAGCGCCCCUGAGCACCUCCUGGGGAAAUCUCUCCGUGACCUCAAGGAGCCUCUGGUCUCUAGAUACAUGACCUGCACCAAACCACGGAUUGGACCCAACACGACCCAGCUACUGAUGGCUGAUGAGGGUCAGCCCGCCCGCCUGAGCUGCAUGGCAGAGGGAGCGCCUCGGCCCUCAGUGGUAUGGAUUACACCUCACAGACGCUAUAUCACAACCAAGAGCAGCGGCAGGGUGGAAGUCCAACCAGAUGGAACCCUGGAGAUCAAGGCAGCGGAGCUGCAUGACAGCGGGGUGUAUUUGUGUAUUGCCAGUAACCCUGCUGGCAACGCUAGCCUGUCGGCCUCUUUAGCUGUGAAGAGCCUGGGCAUUGGAGACAGAUCCCACUAUAGCAACAGGAGCUCAAACUAUCUGACAGACUCUAACAGCACAUGGGGGAAUGGGACAGUACUGUAUAACAUGACAGUCCCCAUAGACAUUAAGACUAUCAUUAUAUCUACAGCCAUGGGCUGCCUGUCCUUCCUGGGUGUGGUCAUCUUCUGCUUCCUGCUACUGUUUGCCUGGAGCCGAGGGAAAGGACGCCAUAAGAGCAACUUUGAUAUUGAGUAUGUCCCUCGCAAAUCCAACGGGGCAUCAGCAGACAUGACAGAAACAAGCGGCCCACGACGGGUUAACAUGAAAAUGAUUUGAAAACGAUGCAGACUGACGCCUACGAUAGCAAAGUGCACACAUAUCAGCUGAAAAAAAAGUUUUUUUUAUGACACAGUGGAUUUGUGACCAAUGAAAGUGACGUGCUAAUAUAGUGGGUGUCAAUAUGACAGUGAUCUAGUGACAAAGUGGGCAUGUGAAUAUAAAAGUGAUAUAUGAAACCGUGGACGUGUUUAUAUGAAAUAAUGUUCUCAUACAGUACAUUGAAUAUAAUACUAUAACCAACAUAUCAAUAUGGGAGUGAUAUAGUGCUGCACUAGGCAUGUGUUUCAGUGGUGACGUGAUGAGUAAUGAUGUUGUCGACUCACCGUGACAUCAAGGUGAAGGAGGGAGCCGCUGGGAGUGACAGGGGACAUCUUCGCGUGGCAGUAGACCUAUCAUCGCUGCAACAUGUCAGGACUAAAUUGUCUAAUACCCAUCUUAGCUGCAGUACGAGAGGUGUGCGUUGUGUUCAUGUGUGCGCGUGUGCGUGUAUGUGUGAGUGCAUCAGUGUGCGCAUGUUGCAUUUGUGCGUUUCUUUGUGCAUGUGCACGCAUUGCCUUUCUCGUUGAACGGAACAAUUAAAAUGAAUGAUAGGGUCCAAAGCAUUUUUCCAGGCCUUUGUUCUUGUUCGGUCAUGUAACAACAGUAUUGUCACUGUUGAGUAAAACAGAGGAUUAUCUAUGUUUGUAUGCAAAAUCACAAUUAUUAUAUUCAAGAGAAAUGCUGCAUAAAUUUUGGGAGAGGUCAUUGCCCCCUUUGGAAUGACUCCAAUAUUAGAUGGGGAUUUUUCUAAACUCAAGGAAAAAACACACACACACACAGUAGCUACAAUGUGAAGUCUGGGCUUUGUUUUUACCAUAGAGCUCACUUACAAGCAACACUAGACACUUUUCUUGAGAAAUAGCAGUGGUCAGUGUUGUUAUUACUCGGGAAAAGCUUCCAGCUACAGAAAUGGCAUGUUAAACCCAUUUUAUAACACAAUAAAUCAUGGGCAGAUUUUCCUGCCAGACAAAUCCCUUGAUAUGAUAUAAAAGAGUCGGUAGCCAGACACAAUGGCAAAGAUUUACUGGCCGGUGGCCUCUCUGGGACAAGACAAAGUUGAGCUUCACAGAUUUAUGGGUUGAAUUUCCCCCCUUUCACAUUUUUCUUUGAUUGCACCACUUCAAGCUAGCGUGUCCGGAUUCUUCCCUAGGGCACCAAGGGGUUCUGGGUAUUUAAUAGACAGCAAUUUGAGAGUCGUAGUGGAAUCUUGUAUUGUUUUAGUUUUUUUGUUGAAAAUGUUUUAAAUGUUUAGAAAAAGAAAAAAAAAACAGUAAAAACCAAUUAAGGGCAAUUCUUUGUAAUGCAGGGACGUGGGUGUUAACUUGUGUGAUCCUGUUGUGAUAAAUUGUUCAAGGUUGUAUAAUUGUUUUCAUAUGACAAAUUUAUGGGUAUAUUUUCAAAAGGAAAUAAAUCUUAAUCAUACCCCUAAAAAUUGGAGUUCCAGUAGUUGAAAUUUUGUUUCCUGGCUUUCCAUAGCCUGUUUCCUUUAAAAUCCUGUCCUAUGAAUGAAUAAAUUACAAUAUCACGUAUA